GCGUGUGACAUCAUAGAUGGGAUCGGCUCGCCUUGGCUGGGGUGGAGAGUCUUGUGUACAGGCUACAGAGGGAGAAGGAGCUGUGAGACACAGAGGGAAGAGUUUUCUCCUGCCACGGACCCCAUCGCAGGACCUACUUCCAAUCACAGCGAGCCACGCCCAGGGGCCAGGGGAGACUGUUGGCUCCCCACAGACUAAACUCCAGUGAUGGACGGGCAAGUGGACAGCAAAGAGGAGUUUUAGGGUAUAGGUUGUCAAGAUGAAGUUUGGCAAGAGCAUCUGUGUGCUCAAUGUAGGGGGAACCCGGUACGCCUUCACCCGUGAGGUGAUCAGGGAUUUCCCUCUCCGGCGCGUCAGCCGCUUGCAUGCUUGCGCAACUGAGAAAGAGGUCCUCGAACUGUGCGAUGACUACGACCGGGACCGUAAUGAGUUUUUUUUCGAUCGCCACGCGCAGGCUUUUGUGUUCAUCAUGUUGUACGUGCGCUCCGGUAAACUCCGAUUUGUUCCAGGAGUGUGUGAGCUGUCCUUCUACACAGAAAUGCUCUACUGGGGGCUGGAAAGCGCACACUUGGACUCGUGCUGCCAGAAACGCCUGGACGAUAGGAUGUCCGAUAUAGGCAUGGACACUCUAUCGGAGGGAGACAUCGUACUAUCAGGGGAUGAUUCUCUCAGCCCGGACGAGCCAGCGCCACGGAUUGCGCUGACCGGCCGCGCUAAAUGGCUGGAGAGGAUGCGCAAAACAUUUGAAGAGCCCAACUCUUCUCUGGCUGCGCAGCUAUUGGCUUCAGUGUCCGUGAUCUUUGUGAUCGUAUCCAUGAUAAUGCUGUGUGCUAGCACGCUGCCGGAUUGGGAUACAGCCAAGAAAACUACAGUGGAAGAGCACAGGAUAGUGGAGGCUGUGUGCAUUGGCUGGUUUACAGCGGAGUGCAUAGUUCGCUUCCUGGUAGCCAGAGACAAGUGGGACUUCAUCCGCCAUCCACUCAACAUCAUUGACGUGAUCGCGAUUACCCCUUACUAUGUCACCAUGGCGAUGGCCCGUGCAGGGAUGCCGGGCGCUGGGCUUGGAGUGGCUGGAGUGAUUCUGAGGGUGCUGAGGAUGAUGCGAGUGUUCUGGCUCAUGAAGCUUGCCAGACACUUCCUGGGCCUGCAGACUCUGGGGCUGACACUCAGACGCUGCUACCGGGAGAUGGUCAUGCUGAUGGUGUUUGUCUUCGUUGCCAUGGCGAUAUACAGCGCUCUGGCACAGCUUCUGGAGCACGGCUUGGACUUGGGCACGCAGAACCCGGAUUACGCCAGCAUCCCGGCCGCCGCCUGGUGGGUCAUCAUCUCCAUGACGACGGUGGGGUACGGGGACGUGUACCCGGUGACAGUUGGGGGGCGGGUGCUCGGAGGAAUGUGUGUAGUGAGUGGCAUUGUUCUCCUGGCACUGCCCAUCACAUUUAUCUACCAUAGUUUUGUCCAGUGCUACCAUGAACUCAAAAUGCGCUCCGCCAGAUACGUGCGCAGCCUGUCCACAGAGAUGCUGCAGUGAACAAGCAUUACUCUAAAAUAUCUAUGGCCCUGCAGGCACAAACACACACAUACACACACACACACACACACACACACACACACACACACACACACACACACACACACACACGCACUCACAAACAGUAAACCUGCAGCUCUCAUUCCAAAAAAACUGUGCAAACUGCCUUCUGCCUGAUUUUAUUUUUCUCCUUAUUUCCUGCCUGUUGUACCGAUGAUCUCCAACCAUUGUCUUGAACCAGCAUGAGCUGCUACUGUCUUGUUCAGAAGACCAUGUUAGCAUAAUACACAAAUGGUUAUUAAUUGAACACUCACAGGUGCGGUCCGCCCAGUUUUGAGUGUAGCUGAUGUUUACACGAUAUUCCCAUGGUUACAACCCCCGACAGUGAUGGCUAAAUCGACUCUGAGUGUUCAUGUGUGUUUGUUUAUGUGACUGUCCGCCUUUUACUUUGUCUGAGAUUUACACGCAGAUGGAGCAAGUUACACAAGAUUGAUGUGUGACCUAGAUCCUCCAUGUUGAACCUGUGAAAUAUAAAGAAGGCGUGAAUAAGUGUGAGGAAAGUGAAGAUGGAGAGGGGGACUGAGUGUGCUGAGGGGCUUAAGCCAAUAAUAAUGAAAUAUGAACGCAGGUCAGAAGAGGCUACAAAGAGGCAUGCAACCACACAGAGACGGAUAUGACAGGGCAGAUGGAAUGAGAAAACUGAAGAAGAGAGACUGUAGAGCUAAAAUGACAGAAUGUGGACAAAGACCGAACACAAAGCCUGAAUAGAUGCGUCCGCAUUUGUGGGUGAAUGUAAGACAUUUUGUGUUUCUGCGUCUCCAAGGCAACCUCAUCCUCCAACAUGCCAAUCAUAAUAGUAGUUGGUAUCUGUGCACACAAAAAGAUUCCAUCCAAAGCACACCUCCUGGCUGGCACACAGAUUUUUGGAAUUUUUCGUUGUUGAAUCAUGUUGCAAAGUGAGUUGAAAUUACGUAAGGUUAAAAAAAAAAAAAAAAAAGCAAGCGUGUAAGAAAACUGAGCAGCAGAGGCUGUCACAGAUGAUGAUUCUGACAUUCGUGAUUCACGCACGUUUUCAGUGUUCAUACAUUGCCAAGAUGAUGUGAUUUGUUGAACAGACACAUGAUCCAAACAAACAAGUCGACACCUCUCCCACACAACAGUCUUUCUCUACAUCUCCUCUCUUCUUCUUUUGGUUACCAUCUACUAUUCUUUUUUAAACAAACACACACGCUGUCACACACAAAAGAAAUAAGACUUGGUCUGCUUGUUACCUGUUUGUCCUUAAAUUUAUAGUCUAUAAAUGUGUUUUCAACAUAAUCUUUGCAGCCCUGUAUAAGUUUAGUGUGUGCUGUGGUCACAGUAUUCCUGUUGUACUUUGUAUGCUUUUCAAGCCGUGAAGUGUCUAGAAAUUAUACAUAAUCAAUAUUUUAUUAGCAACAGUACAAAACAUGAAUCAUGUAGCAGUACAUUUUUGCCAGUCCUGAUUGUGACCAUGAAUCAAAUCGAGGUCAUCAGUAAUUGUAAUUAAUGUGAUGUGUGUGUGUGAGCUUUUAUAAUAAAACUUCUUUG